GCCCCCGACGGUGGGAGCCGCGGGAGCAGCGGAGCGGGACAGCAGGCGCGCGGAGGUCCCCCGGUGCCCUCCAGACGCGGCCCCGAUGACCGAACUACAGCAAGAUGUGGAAGACACAAAGCCUGCCAAAGUGCUCGGGAAGAGAGAGGGCAAAGGGGGCUCAGCCCACUCAGAGGCUGAGAAUGGUGUGGAGGAGAAAAAGAAGGUCUGCAGGUCACCAACAGCCCAGUCUCCCACCCCGUCCAGCGAGGCCGAGUCCCCAGACCAGAAGAGAGUCAUCUGCCUGCGGUCAAAAUCCAGUUGUGAUGGUGCCUCUGUAGCAAGCGAUAAGAACGACUGUAAAUCAGAAAGCAAAAAUGACGCUAAGACUGAAAGGAAAAAGUCUUCGUCUUCCAGCCAGUGCAAGGCGAACAUGCACUUUCACAAGCUGUUUCUUGAUGUCCCAACUGAAGAACCGUUGCGGCAAAGUUUUACCUGUGCUCUACAGAAAGAACUUUUGUACCAAGGGAAGCUGUUUGUAUCAGAAAACUGGAUUUGUUUUCAUUCCAAGGUCUUUGGAAAAGACACCAGGAUCUCUAUUCCGGCCUUCUCUGUAACCCUAAUAAAGAAAACCAAAACUGCCCUGCUGGUGCCAAAUGCCCUGAUUAUAGCGACAGUCACAGACAGGUACAUAUUUGUCUCCUUCCUCUCCAGAGACUCAACUUAUAAACUACUAAAAUCUGUUUGUGGACACUUAGAAAAUAUAAGCGUCGGGAACAGUCCCAAUCCGUCUUCUCUUGAAAACAGUUUCCGGGCAGACCGCCCUUCAUCUCUGCCUCUGGAUUUCAACGAUGAAUUCUCAGAUCUGGAUGGAGUGGUUCAGCAAAGACGGCAAGACAUGGAAGGGUACAGCAGUUCUGGUUCUCAGACUCCCGAAUCCGAGAACUCGCGAGAUUUCCAUGUGACAGAAUCCCAGACAGUUCUAAAAGUCUCCAAGGGAGAAGCAAAACCAACAAGGGCAGAUGCCCAUGUGAACAGAGUACCUGAAGGAAAAGCCAAGAGUCUCCCUGCACAUGCCGUUGGUCAAUCAGAAUCCACUGGAAUCUUACACAAAGUCAAGUCCCAGAAAUGUCCAACUCUUCGCCAUAUUCUUAUCUUCUACGCAAUUGUUGUCUGCGCAUUAAUCAUCUCGACCUUCUACAUGAGAUAUAGAAUUAAUACUCUGGAGGAGCAGCUGGGGUUACUGACCUCCGUUAUGGAUACCCUUCAUACUGAGCAAGCAGCGCCACCCGGCCUAGGGUCACAAGUACAAUUAAACGUGGAGGUCCUCUGCCGGGAGCUUACAGCUAACAUAAUGAAACUAGAAAAGGUAUCUCCUUAUAAGGCAACUUUAGGGCAGACCUGUCCUCAGCGCUUGUGGCAUUCUUAGAACUCAGUAGGAGAGUGAACAGGAGAAAAAGAUACAGAACAACUUACAAAAGUUGCUUGAGAAUGGUGACUGACCAACCGGAUCGCUCGGGCCAACAUGAUACCUCGUGCUUCCCUUUGAAGAAGGUGCUCCUGGAGGCGCCCCGUGGAGCGCUCCCUGCUGGCCAGAGGAGCGAGCAGAGAGGCACCCAGCCCUGUUUGCACUUGGAGGUCUCCGGCUCAGGACAAGGGGGAGGGGGAAUAAUUUUGGUUCCUGUGCAAUACAAGUUGACCUUGACUCUCUGAGGAAGUUUUCAGUGCUGCUGCCUGAAGGAAACAGACCCGUCUUGGGAGGUCUUGGAAGGACCUGGUGGGCACUUUGAAAUGACUGUGGUCCAGUGGCCACCAUGAUUGUGUCAGCAAACACACUCCACAACGCGCCUUUUCAGCCCUUCCCGCCCUCCUUUACACCCCGCCUUCACACCAAGGGAUAUAUCAUGUGCCAACAACCUGACGUGGUCCUUUAAAGAAUUAGCCGUAACUCUCCAAAAGGCAAUAAAGAGCUCUAACGGACAGACUUGCUUCAAAGAAAUAACACCAGCAUUGUGUCCUUUUUGUUUCUUCCUUCUCCUGUUACAUUCUGGUUUAAAUCAUCUGUGCAUCUUAACUUCCCGACUGAAUAUUGGCAAGAAUAUUGAGCAAGGCAGAUAAACCAUUUAUGUUUUGUUCCUCUAACUAAUACUUAAUUGGACUGAUUCUCACCCACCCCAAGUCAAGAAUCCGUGAGGCAUGGGACUGAAGUACUAAAUAAGCUUACUCUGAAACCAAAACUAAUCUUUACACCAAAAAGGGUAAUGUGAUUUGAUACAGGAUAAAAAGCACCAAAUUUUUAAGAUUCUAGGUGGACUAUGUUACUUUUGAAAAAGGACAUCAUAUUGACUGUUGAAACCCAUUUCCGCAUGACGAUAGCAUGCUUUUUUCCUUUUGCUGACUAAAAUAAAGAAAUAACUGGUGGUUUGCUAACUUCCUUUUACCAUAUGGUUACCUGGUUUUAAUAAUUAUUUAGGUACCGAAAGAUCUGUAAUAUAAAGGAUACUCUGUUUCUGUCUGUAAUGCAUAUUAUAAUCAUUUCUAUGAAAUGUAUUUUAUUUAAUCAGGUAAGCUAAUAAGUGAAUUGGUUACAUCAUUUGUUUCUGUUAGCCUACUGGACAAGAAUUGUGCCUGGUGCA